UUUUAUGAUAGUUUAUAUGAAUUUCAGUAUUAAGUUGAUAUAGACAACUGGAGAGAUCUAUUUAAAAAUAUAAUAAAUCUAUCAAAUGCAAUGUUUUAUUUUUCUAUUAUAGCUAUGAUUUUUUUGAUAUUUUCAAUAUAGUUUUACUUGCAAUCACAUUAAGAUCCAAAAUAAAUGAUGGUUUAUAUUCCAUUCACAAUUACUUUCACAAAUUCAAUUAUUUUAUUACUAAUUUAAAGAGAUAUUGAAGAAAUUGAUUCAGGUGUAAAACUAAUUUUAGAUGAAAAUUACUACGAUUAAGUUUUAAUUAGUGAAAUAGAGAAUCUAAGAUAUUAUUUAGGAAGUAGAACAUACAUUCUUGUUAAAAUAAUAUAUUUUCCUAUUAUAAUAUUUAUAAAAAUAGCAUCUAAUUUUUGA